UGAAACAACCAACAAGCGCAAACAUGGCUGACGACAGCAACAUUGAAGGCGAAGAUGAGAACAUUUUGUAUGAUUUACUUAUAAAUACCGAAUGGCCACCCGAAACGGACACUCAGCUGCGAGGCAGCAAGGAGCAGAGCUCAUCUGUUAUUGCCAAAGCAGUGACAGGGCCGUUCAGGUUCAUCCUACAUUAUUUGUGGUACAGCCCCUCCAGCUCCUCCCUGCCUCCUGGUCUGGUCCGACUGGCCAGCAAACAAAUCAACUGGCAGAUUGUGCUGGCAAGUAAUGGGAAGCUGCUGGCAGUGGUUCAGGAUCAGUGUGUGGAGAUAAGGUCUGCGCGGGAUGACUUUGGUUCGGUCAUUGGGAAGUGCCAGGUGCCCAAGGAUCCCAGUCUUCAGUGGCGCAGGGUGGCGUGGAGUCACGACUGCACCCUCCUGGCCUACGCCGACAGCACCGGCACGGUCCGCGUGUUCGACCUGACGGGCAGUGAGCUGUUCGUCAUCCCUCCGACGGCCAGUUUCCCUGGAGACUACAGCUAUGCUGCGGCCGGCCUCAUCUUCCUGGAGUACACGGCCAGCGCCCAGUGGUCGGCCGAGCUGCUCGUCAUCACCUACGGGGGCGGGCUCAAGAGCUACCUGGUCAGCGUGGGGACCAAUCAGAGCUUCCAAGUGAACCACAGCUUCAGUUUCUCCGCCCACUACUCCCAUGGCAUCACCACAGCGAUAUACCAUCCUGGCCACCGGCUGCUGCUGGUGGGGGGGUGUGAGUCCGGGGGCCAGGUUGUGUCCCGGGCCUCCCGCUGUGGCAUCACUGCCUGGAGAGCUCUGUCUGGCUCUCCCUACUACAAGCAGGUCACCAGCUAUGAGGACCACGUCCACGCUACUCAGAGGAGGGGCUACUUCAAGAUCCCCACCUUCAGACUGUUCUCCAGACAGAACAACGAACAGGACGGUGUGUUCCGCAUGAGCCUCAGUCCUGACGCGACUCUGCUGGCUGUGCUGCACUUCUCUGGCUGCCUCUCUCUCUGGGAGAUCCCCUCACUCAGACACAGAGCCCAGUGGGAGCAGGAGAAACAGCCAGGAUUUGAGGAGAUCAACCCCGAGUGGAAGACUUCGCUGGAGAAAAGGAAGAAAAUAAAAGACAAGGAGCAGUACUACUCUCUGGUGGACGUGAGCUGGUGGAGUGAGAGUGUGUUGAUCCUGGCUCGCUGCUCGGGGGCCCUGACCGUGUCGUCCAGCAGGAGCCUGGCUAACCUGCUGGGGAAGUCCUGCGAGUGGUUCGAACCCUCGCCCCGGGUCACCUCCGCCCACGACGGGGGCUUCCUCAGUCUGGAGUGUGAGGUGAGGCACGCUCAGAAGAGGGGCCGCCUGGAGAGCGGCCUCGGUGGCGCGGGCGGGGCAGCGGACGAGGACGGCGAGGACGGCGGCGGCGGCGACUCCGACUCGGACGACGAGUCGUCGGCCAGGGCCCGCUACUUCGGCUACGUCAAGCAGGGCCUGUACUACGUGACGGAGAUGGAGCGCUUCGCCCCGCCCCGCAAGCGCCCACGCACCGUGUUCAAGAACUACCGUCUGGUCAGCCUGCGCUCCACCACCCCAGAGGAGCUGUACCAGAGGAAGAUUGACAGUGAGGAGUAUGGGGAGGCCCUGGCCCUGGCCCAGGCCUAUUGGCUGGACUCUGACCUGGUCUACCAGAGACAGUGGAGGAAGAGUACAGUCAGCAUCGCCUCCAUCCAGGACUACCUGAGUAAGAUCCGGAAGCGCUCCUGGGUGCUGCACGAGUGCGCCGAGCGCGUCCCCGAGAACGUGGACGCUGCCAAGGAGCUGCUGCAGUACGGCCUGAAGGGCACCAGUCUGGAGGCCCUCAUCGCCAUAGGCAACGGAGAGGACGGGGGCAGAUUCAUCGUCACGGGGGACCUGGACCUGGACGAUGUCCCCUACGAGGACCUGGGGUCUGCGGAGGACGAGACAGAGAGGAGGGAGGAGAGGGAGACGCUGAAACGCCGUGAGCUGCUGGCCCAGGUGGACUUCAGCAGAUGGCGGCAGUUGAAAGAUUGGCCGCAAUCAGGGGAGCAGAGCCUGACAGGCAUCAGAAGACGGGUGUGA